UAAACCCAACGUGCCAGCAAGCCGAGUAGUUACGUACUGACUUUAUUCACAGUCGUGCGCCGGAGAGUGCAUCGACGACACAACAGCGUAACACAAUACACAUCCCUGCGCGUUGAUUCCUCUAAAAGGGUUGUCUCGUUGUUGUUUCCGCUAGCGAGUUAGCGUGAGUUAGCGUGGUUCCAGCACGUCGACCUGUAUCACCUAGUGCGGCCCGAAAGAUGUAUUACCUACAGCUGGUCGUGCUCUGCGUGACGAUAGCCAGCGUUAUUGGUGAUCUGCCACCGGGCACACGGCGCAACACUUAUCUGCCGCCAGAGCCGACGAAAGGCAGCGGUUACACGUACAGCAAACCGACGGUACCGUUCCCGAAGCCUACACCGACGGUGCCUACGUACCGUCCGACUCCGAGCUUCCCAGGGACCAGACCGACGCCAUCCUUCCCCGUAUCCAGGCCGACGCCCUCUUAUCCAGUGCCACCCUCCAGGCCCACCCCAGGAACCUUUCCGCCGUCAACGGGCACGGGGGGAUACCCGAGCAGACCGAGACCUACACCUCCUUUCCCGGACUAUACUAGCCAGCAAAGCGGUCGUGAUGGAAGCGUUAUCGGCGGCCCUGGCCAUGAUCAUCAUCAUCACGAGCCUGGCAUGCCCUUCGACUUCAACUACGCUGUAAAAGACGACGCUUACGGCAACGAUUAUUCCCAUAACGCCAUUAGCGAUGGCGAAAUCGUCCGCGGUGAAUACAAGAUACAACUUCCGGACGGUAGGACGCAACUUGUACGAUACACCGCAGACUGGCAACACGGUUUCAGCGCACAGGUCACUUACGACGGAAAUCCUCGCUACGACGGAAAUUUUCGAGGCUACUAGAUUUAGCGUCGGGUUCUAGGGUUGUUUAAAUUCUGUUAAAUCGAAAAACUACAGAACACAACGAAUCGUCGCAUAUACCGUAACUAUACUUUUAAAGACAUUGGAGAUUAGCAAAGAUAUAUCGAGAAAAUAUAAUAGCUUACGUAGAGGACAAAUGUUUGCUAUAUAUUUUUUAUCACAAUACUGCUAAUAGCGUGUUCAGCGUUUUAGAAAAUUCAGACACAAUGUCGUUCCGCGUGAAAGAUCAAGUUAACUUUUCUUUAGCGAAAAAAGCAAAAUAGAUAUAUUUUUAUAACUUUUUGAAUUUCAAUAUUUUAAAAUUGAUAUCGACUUCGAUAUUAUUCAACAUUUAAAUGAUCCAAAUCAAAAUUUUAUUAAAUUCUGUUUCUAUUUGAAAAAUAUGAAUAAUAAUCGUAUUGUUUAUUUACAAUCUUUAAUCGUGAGAAACUUUUCAUAAACUCACUGAAAAAAAAUUACUAAUAUAAUUUAAUACUUACUAUUUUCAAUAAACAAAUAAAAAUCUAUUUUUAACACAAAAUUUCGUAAGGAAUAGUAUCUAUUUAAUUUUGGAACAAAUUAUAUAUCAGUGUGAUCCAAUUCUCUUCUUCUUCUUUAUAUAUUUAAAUAAUUAAAUGUAUAACUAAUAUAAAAAUUGAUAAUGAAUUGCAUAAUUAAAAAUGUACUUCAUCUGUGAUAUAGAAUCAUUAUAUUAUUAUAUUUUUAUUUUAAUUACAGUCCAAUUUCAACAGUGUAUUGUGUAAUUGUUAUAAUCGUGUGAAAGAUUGGAUCUCACUGAUCUAUAUUAUAUAAAUUUUUUACAUAUUUCUUAUUGUGCAAUAAAAACGUAUUUUUUAGCACUGCUUUGUGUUAAAAUUAUACAGAAUGAAAGAAAAUAGACAUAGAAUAGACAUAUAAUACUCUAGGUUUAUGCUAUUCUAUCCUGCUUUGCACACUAAAAUCUCUUGUUUUGUCUUCAGUAUUUGAAGUUAUCAAAUAAUUUAAGACUCUAAACAAUAAUAGUGUAUAGAUAAUUAUACCGUUGACCAAUAUUAUAAUACGAAAUUAAUUCACGAUUAAAUUAUGUAAUAAAGGGUUAAACAUAUUACUUAAGAAAAAUUCACUUUCUCUUACAAUAAAUUUGAAAAAUAAUAUUAGUAUAUCGUCUCUUUCUGAAACACUGCCAGAUUUGCAUAAAUGAAAAUAUCUCUACAAUCAACCCUAGUUUCAAUUGAUAUAUGUAAUAUAAAUGCAAAUUUUAAUUACCUUACUAAUUUCUAUAUAAAAUAAAUUUUUUAAACUUGUUAAAUAAAAGAUACUCUCAAUUACUGUCAAAUAUUCAACUUAAUAAAAUCUUAGUAUGUAAAAUGCUUAAUUUCCGUCAAUUAUCUUCUACUUAGCUACUAGUAGAACUGUAUCUGAAGAUUACUGAGAUUAUUAAAUAUAGUUUUUUAAGUUCUUAUUUCUAUAUUUUUUAAGUAAAUCUUUUCUCUACGAAAAACUAUGGCAAAUAUGAAUUUAAAAAAUAAAAUUUAUUAUAACGCUCAUUUAUUGUAAAUGACAAAAAAAAUGUUCUGGUUUAAAUGUUUUAAAUCAUAAAAAUUUUAUAUUUUAAAAUUUAAUUUUGAUGUAACGAUUUAGUUCACUAAUUUUAUAGGAAUAAAAGUAUCAUCACCCAUUUAUUGUCUAUGUUGAAUUCUCAUCAAAAUUCUGUUUUUAUAUAAAUAUCUCUGAAAUAACGAAUUUUUAGUUAUGUCAUUGUUAUAGCAAAUAAGCGGUAUAAUAUUAAUGUUAAUAAACUAAUAAAUAUAAUCAAAUAGAAUAUAUUUAUAUUUU